UGUUUGUACUGAUUUUGUGAAGUCAUUUGUUUAAUAUAAUUACAAAGCGUAAAUUUGACAAGCAACAUGGGUUCUAGGUAUGAUAGAGCAAUUACAGUAUUUUCACCUGAUGGUCACUUAUUGCAGGUUGAAUAUGCACAAGAAGCGGUUCGUAAAGGAUCCACGGCUGUUGGUGUUCGUGGAUCAGAUGUGGUUGUCCUUGGUGUAGAAAAGAAAUCUGUAGCUAAGUUACAAGAAGAACGCACAGUGAGAAAGAUUUGUCUCUUGGAUGAUCAUGUUGUUAUGGCCUUUGCAGGAUUAACUGCUGAUGCCAGAAUUCUUAUAAACCGAGCCCAGAUAGAAUGUCAAUCUCACAAACUGACUGUUGAAGAUCCAGUUACAUUGGAAUAUAUUACCAGAUAUAUUGCAGGUCUGAAACAGAAAUAUACCCAAAGUAAUGGACGAAGACCAUUUGGUAUUUCGUGCCUUUUGGCUGGGUUUGAUUAUGAUGGAGUCCCUCAUUUAUAUCAGACAGAACCAUCAGGAAUUUACUAUGAGUGGAAGGCAAAUGCAACUGGCCGUAGUGCAAAGACAGUGAGAGAAUUUUUGGAGAAAUAUUAUACUGAGGAGCUUGUAUCUACAGAGAAGGGCACAGUGAAAUUGGCCAUAAGGGCAUUACUUGAGGUAGUGCAGUCUGGACGAAAACAUCUGGAAAUAGCAGUAAUGCGACGUGGAGAACCAAUGCAGAUGUUGGAUGUGGAAAAGAUUGAGGAAUAUGUGGUAGAAAUAGAGAAAGAAAAGGAAGAAGAAGCAGAGAAGAAGAAACAGAAAAAAUAAAUAUUGCAUUCAUGUUAUGUGGUAAACUGUAUCAACUUUGUGUAACAAUUAUAACUUUUUUCACAAAGUAAUAAAGUGCUUCUCUAGCAAAAAUGCAUUUUUCUACUCUUAUGGCUAUUUAUUAUCCCUGAUAAUUCUUCUGUUGUUUAGUGUCAAAUGUGACUUAUCCAGAGUUCAACUCAGAGUAAGUGCUGUACUAAUGUAAAAUAUAUUAAAUAAAAUAGAUUCUUGUGUGAGAAA